UUUUUGAUGGAUAGUAGAUCAUAUAUUGUCUUAUCUUGAGGUCCAUCCAACUUUAUUCAGCUUUUUAAUUAAAAAGAUGGGGGGUGUAGAUAGGUUGCUGUCCUUCCAUGGGACCUUUUAUCUUAUUUGUGACCAGAUGGCAGUGAGCCACGGAAGCCUCUUUAUGUCACCAAGCCUCACAACAGAGGAGGGGGUAGAGACGCCCUCAUAAUGUAAUCAGUGAGACCGGAAGGGUCCAUACUGUGUCUGAAAGGGGACAAUGGGGUCAGGGAUAUAUCUACAUCGCUAGAAAAUCCAGCUCAUCUGCAACCUGUCCUCUUUCCAAUAACCCCCUCACCCCCUCCAACCCGCCACCCUUUGACUGGCCUGACAAGGAAGACUUCCUACUUUGAUCAUUGAAGGGUGGAGGAGAUGAGCUGCCCAAGAGAACCAAAGGAUGGGACUCCACUGUUUACCCUGCACUUGGCUGCUGUUGACAACUCCCCUCCCCACUGCUUACCCCCCGCUCUCCAUUCCUUUCACUCUCUACGCCCCCGUCACCCUUUCCCCUUUCUCCUUCCGGGGGAGGCCAAAGGGGCGGGAUCAGGGUGCACCUUGACCUGUCUAGACACCACAGUGUGUUUUUGUUCUGUUGCCAAGGCAAGGGGAUCUACUUUUCCAACUUUGGAGAUGCAGGUUAAAAGUCAGCGUUGUGACACAGGGGAUGUAUUUAUAUGGGAACGGAAGGAAAAGGUUCCUCUUGCUAGGUCAGAAACUCACUUAACAGAACUGCUGGAAGGAGUUUGCAAUAGCAUGAGCGAUUAUGCCCUCUAUGAGGACCCGGUCACCAAAGAAAAGAGCUACAAGAGAUUUGCACCCAGAGGAAAUGUUGGCGGAAAUUUUCCAGAUUUCAAAAAUUUUAAGUUCGAUGGACCAGAGAGCUCCAGUGCUUUGAAGUUUGCGUGUGAAAGCAUUGUUGAAGAUUUGGAAGAUAAUAUCAUCUCUCUCUUUGCCAGAGAGGCAGACCAUGUCGCUAAGAAGUUGUGCAGUGAAGUAUCAGGUCACUGUAAGAGCUCUGUUUUCCAGCACAGGGAACUUUAGCUUAUAUUAGUGUCUGCUGGAAAUUACACACAAAAAAAUUUGGACCAGGAAAACAGAGAUCUCCAAUAUUUUCCUAAAAUAUGUUUUGAUUUUUACAUUUAUAUACAAAAAAUAAACAAAUUCACUGGUUUGUAUUAUACAUUAACCAAAUGAUGUCUGUUUUCAUUUUUAUUUGGAAAUUACCUGUAUUGCCUUUUUUAUGUACAAAAACAUGGAAUUAAGUGUUGUAGUACCAGUGUGAUUUCUGAAAGAUUCACACAAUAAAAGGUGAAAUUAUGAAAUAUGGUGGUUUGAAUUAUUUUUCAUCAUUCAGAACUAUUAAUGUAAUGCAGAAGAACAGCAAAAAGAUGUUUUAUCAUCCCAAAUAAUUUCUAAGCUCAGUUUGCUUGUUUCAUUCUAAUGUCCCACGUCUGUCCAAUUCGGGCUUUUGAACAUGGCCGCUGGGUAAGCAUGAUGACAUGUCUUUCGCACCCUUCCCUCACAGCUCCCUCCAUGCAGAACUACGCAUGCGCCACUGUGGCAGCAGCACUGGGGCAGGUCCUGUUUUGGGAGAAUGCAGGAGCAAGAGACGCCAUGAUUGCUUAGCUCUGUGAGUUGGUCUGGAUAUGAGUGUCAGCCAAAUCACUGAGGGGGAAAAUGACAAUACUCACUGUUUUCUCUAAUGUUGUUUCAUUGUUUAACACAAGUCUGCUCCCUUUGCACAGUUGAAUUGUUAGAUAUCACAGAGCAAUGUUCAGGAAUCUACAUGAUGACUGUUUCUUAUGGGAAUUGUGUU